GAGAGCAUUUUCAAUAAAAAAAAAAUUGGAAAUAUAUAAAUAAAUGUGUUAAAUAUUGUGAGUGUGUUACAAGCUCAUACCAUUUUCACCAUUCCUAAAUCUAUUUAGAAAUGUCAGUAAAAUAAUGUGUCAGAAUAAGAAAUGCUAACUAAUAGAAUUAACAAUUACCAAAAGCUUAAGAUACAGUCUAACCUAAUUGUGUGUGUCACUUAUACUAACCCAGUCUAAUCUUUAAAGUUUUAAAUGCUAGGCAGGUUUAUAAAGAAAAUAAGUCAAACAAAACACAAGUGACAGUUUAACAUUAAUACAAUAGAAAUCAAUUAUCAACUAAUUCAUUAACGGUUUGCUUUGAGGGCAAAUGGAAAAGUCAUGUGUUAUUUACACCCUCAGGCGUGUUUGGCUACAAUUUGAUACUGCAUUAGCAUAUAAUUAUACUUAAUUAGUCUUGCUAUUCAUAUAAUGUUCCACAUGCAUGGAUUUUAUUGUUCUCUGUGCCUAUAGAUAAAGUUUAAUGAUCUAAUAGGUUGUCUGUACAAAUGGCGAGACAGAGGAAACAAUAGAUGUAUACAUCACUUGUUACAACAUUAAGCAUUUGUUCAUUUAAGCAUGUAUGCCAUGAGCGUGUUGCACAAAAUGGAUAUUUAGUGUGGAUAUUGUGUGAUUUCAAUGAACCUUCAAAAUAGCAGGAGUUAAACUGUACACAGUAAAAUGAAUGAUGACAACAAGGAUCGCAAAGUUUGGUGCUCCUUUCGAGAAGAACGAAUACACAUUGUGGACAAUAUUCCCUUCUGCCAGCAAUGCCACAACAAAUUUGGAUUCAAGCUGUUUGUCUUUCUAUUGGUUGUAAGUCUUGACAUAGCAGACCUUGUCAGUGAUUGGCUGCUGUUUCACGAUGUUUGGUUGGCAAAGGAGGGCCUUGUUUACGGACCACCAGAGGACAUUGUCAAAUAUCUGCUGCUUGCAUUCUCUGUACUUGGAACCCUCACAUUUUUAUUUGAGAUAAGCAACCUUUGGUGGGAUAUCUUCCGCAGAAAUCCAUGGGUUAAUGUUGACCUUCUUUCUGCAAUUACCAUCUGGAUUGAGGAUGUUCCACAGAUAGCCAUUAGCGUUGUCAUAAUUGCAUGUCGAGAAGAAGCCAUCAGUUAUUUCCAGCUGGUUAAAGCCGCUGUCAUUAUUUUGGGUGCAAUUAUACGCCUAAUUGUCUCCCUUGUGCAAUACUGCAGCAAAUCUGCACGCAAGGAUUUGGAAUGUGCCAAAGUGAACAAGGAAUCUCGACGGCAUGUUGUGUACCGAGUCUUUAUAAUGAUGGGACUGAUAUUAACACUGGGUGGCGCAAUCACAAUAUUUCUUUUCACGCAAUCAGAGAGGAAUGCAGAUGGAAGUCUUAACUUCAAAAUCCCACACAGAAUUAUGGAGGGGGAAUUUGAUGAUGAAAAAUACUUCACCAAUGUAAGCAUUUAUUUCAGCCACAGCUAUUUUGAUUAUGAAAAACAUAAUUCUUCUGACAGUUUUUUUGACAGCAAGAACUUCUUACGCUUGAUAAAACUCAACGAUGUGAAAAACUCUAAGACUGACAAAAAUGUUCACAUAAUAUAUGAUGGAACCCACACACAGUUUCAUAUUCAAGUUGAUGGACAAAAAAAAUGCUACAUAAUCAAUAAGAGUACUCAACAAGUUACCCAGGAAACAACAUGUUCAAUCCUCACAAAUCCCGAACAAUUUGCAUUCACCUUUCACUUUGUUAAACCAUCCGUUCCCGGUUUAAUAUUUGGGGACAUCACGUACGCAUUGAAGACUGGAACAAGCACAAACUGUGAAACACCAACGUUAAAAGUUGCAGACAACCUAGCUGCUCAAAUGAAUAACCCUAUCAGUGUCCUGCUGAGAUACUAUCGAACAAAACCAGGAGUUACAGAAGACAACCACAUUCACAAGACAUCAACUUCUCACAAAUUUUAUCAUGCAAGUGAUUUGAUAGACAUUUCUGAAGUGUGGAAGACUGGCUUUGCUUACUGCAAGAGUAGUGGCAGUCCAGCACCACACAAGGGGGACAACUUGGAAGUUCAGUGUCUGUGAGAUCAUCUGCAGUUGCUGCCCUUUGUUAUUACUGUUGACACAAGGGAGACAACCUGGAUGUACAAUGUCCCAAGUCUGAAGUUGUGGGCCUUAAUUGUUAGUCAAUACUAAGAAUAACAGAUGAAGUGUCAGUGAGAUUAUGUCCAAUUGUAGCCUUUUAGAAGUAACUGAUAAACUGAUGAUACUUGAACAUUUUAAGGCAAAUAGGAACAGUCUUUACUUUGUAAUUGUUGCUAUUAAAAGGGAAACUGCUGAAAUGCUGAACUAUUCUCUUACUCAUAUUGUUUCUAUUUAAAACGUAGAAAGGACACAUUGGAAUGGAUUUAGACAGAAAUGAAAAAGAUUUUUGUAUACUUAAAUUUUGUUGUUUCAUUAAGAUCAAACAGGAAGGAUUCUAGUCAGAUAUUUUAGUUUGCUCUUCAAUGUGCAUGAAUACAAUUUUACUCAGUGACUGCCUUGAGGUAACUUUCUGCUAUUCACAUGUGAAUGAACUCCAAUCGACAUUUACAAAAUAAA